AUGCCUUGGUCCGGGAACCAUAAAUCGAAUAAUGCCCGCCACGCGCGUACGACUUCCUGGUCGAGUGGCUACCAUCUGACCCAAGGCGCAGCACAAUCCUCCGAGAAUCCAGGCCGCCGCCGACGCGAGUCCAACACCUCCCUCGCCAGCGUUGAAGAAGCCUCCUCUCCCCCGAGCUCUCUCGACGAGCCCACAAUGCUCAAGAACACCUCAAUGGAUAUGAGCCACAAAAGCCAUGUGCACAUCCGCUCCGUCAGCCAGAGCCAAGCGCAGGUGCAGGCAUUGCAAGAGCAAGAGCUGCCGGCUGCGCCGCCGCCUCGCCCCGCGCCUGUGACAUGGAUGUCACUACCGCACAAGGGUCAAUUAGCGUUGCUAGGGCUGUGUCGAGUUUUUGACUUCUUGCAAAUUGCCUCACUACAGGCUUAUAUGUUCUAUCAACUCAAGUCAUUCGACCCAAAUCUCUCCGACUCGGACGUUGCGACACAAGCGGGUAUUUUGCAGGGCGCUUUCACGGCCGCUCAGUUUGCGACAGCCAUUCCGUGGGGUCGCGUUGCAGAUGCUGAGUGGGGUGGGCGCAAGUUUGUUCUGCUUGUUGGUCUUGGCGGUACCGCAGUGUCAUGUUUGGGUGUUGCAUAUUCGACGUCAUUCGCGCAGGCUGUGUUUUGGCGCUCUUUUGGUGGUGCCAUCAACGGAACAGUCGGGAUCAUCCGAACUAUGAUCGCCGAGAAUGUCAAAGAGAAGAAGUAUCAUUCACGUGCUUUCUUGAUUCUGCCUAUUGGCUUUAAUGUGGCUUCGUUAUUUGGACCUGUCAUGGGUGGUAUGUUGGCUGACCCCGUCAAGAGUUACCCUCGCCUUUUUGGGCCCAACUCAUCAUUUGGAGGUGAGAAUGGAGUGCAAUGGCUCGAGACAUACCCUUACGCGCUGCCAAUGUUCGCAAACUUCUGUUUCCUUUCUUUCACUGCCGUCUUGGUUGCGUAUGGAUUGGAGGAGACUCUUGCAUCAUGCAAAGGGAAGCCUGGCUUGGGAACAUUCGCCAAAAGGUUCAUUUCGCGCGGCUGCAAGUCUUUGGUUCCGUCUUCCUCGCCCUUGUACGAGAGACUUCCUUUCGGUGACCACGAAGAAGAUGGACCUCUGUUGGGUAGACCCAUGGACCGCUCAGAAAGCUACGAGCUUGAAGAGAAGGCGCACAAGCCUGUGCGUAUGCAGCGAGUCCUGCCUUUCCGGAGAAUCUGGACCAAGAACGUCCUGUGCACACUUGGAGCACAGGCAUUCUUCGAUUUCCAGAUGGGUGCCUUCAACAACCUUUGGCUACUUUUCCUUUCGACUCCUCGCUACGACGCAAAUGAUCCCGCAAGUCCGGCUCAGAGCCUGCCAUUUGCCUUCACUGGUGGACUUGGCAUGUUACCCCAAAGUGUUGGCUUCGCAACUGCUAUCCUGGGUGUGAUCGGCAUGUUCCUCCAAUUUACUAUCUACCCAUCUAUCAACGGUCGUCUCGGUACCGCAAAGAGCUACCAGUAUUUCCUCUCGCUCUUCCCCAUCGCCUACUUCAUCGCUCCCUACAUUUCGCUCGCUCCGUCCACCAUUCCACCCCCAGGCCAAGCCAACGGCCCUUGGGUCUGGUUCUGGAUCAUCGUCGUGUUGUUCUUCCAAGUGACCGCACGAACCUUUACCCUUCCUACCUCCAUCAUCCUACUGAACAAUUGCUCGCCGCACCCAUCAGUUCUCGGAACAAUCCACGGUAUCGGCCAGUCCGUGUCAUCCGCUUUCCGAACCAUUGGCCCUAUCUUCUCGGGUGCAUGGUAUGGAUACGGUCUUGAUGUAGGUAUGGUCGGCUUCGCCUGGUGGAUGAUUGCCUUGGUAUCGGUGUUUGGCUGCCUCGCAGCUAUUUUCGUUUACGAAGGCUCUGGGCAUGAAAUUCUCCUUCCCGGCGAGGAAGGUGAGAUCGAACAUGCCCAUUAG